AACCUAAACGGUAAAUAAAUGAAUCCAAUAAGGAGAGAUGAUAGGAAACUAGAAGGCAGACACUUGGGGAUGGGGAAGGAGGCCAGGGAGAGUGGGGAAAAGGAGAGAGGAGGGUAAAGAGAUAGAAAAUAAUCAAGAUAUGUUACACGUGCGAACAGUUCCCCAAACCCCGCAUUACUAUUCUGUACUAAAAACAUGAACUAAUUUUAAAAAGGAAGAUAUAAGAGUCAACUUCACUGAACACAGUAAAUCAGUUCUUUGUUUUUCCUUAAAAGAAAACCCAAGCACAUUAUGUUCAUCUUUCCAUUGAGGAAGGAGCACACCCUCCUGUCAACAGCCGUCUGCAGAAAUUCUCGCGUGUCCUCCACUGCGAUGCCAGGUGCGACGCUAGAGCUCUGGCGAGGUCCUUCCCGCCCGAGCUAAGUGUCUGCCUGGCUCCGGACAAGGCAGAGGCUGGGACUUCCCGCUCUCUGCCGGAGGCACGGGGCAGCACGGUGACGUCCUCGUGUCCCGGGGAGCGGGCAUGGCCAGAGCAGGACGCCGCUUCCUGAGGGCCGGCGCCUCGAGCUCCGCCUGCGUUCCAAGCCAACGGUCACGGGGCGCGCGAACCCUGUGCGCCUGCUCUGCUUGUGCGCCUGGCCGCCUCCGCAUCCCCGCAGCCCCGCCCUCAUGGGCCUGUACCUGAGCAGGUACCUGAGCGGGGACGUGGGCAAGCCCAAGGCCGAGCUGCCGCCCCCUGCCCAGCAGUGUGGGCACUGGAGGCCCAGGCCCAAGCGCCCUGCUUUCCGCACGCUGCAGCCAGCCUGGGCCGAGGCCGGCGCCCAGAGGGCCUUGGCUACCCUGGCCAAGAGCCCCGCUCCCUGCAGGCUGCCCUCCGGGCUGCUCCUCAGGCCGGAGCUUUCCUAUGCUCGCCUCAACUACGUGAAGCGCAGACUGUGCGCAGCCAGGGACCCGGCGCUGCAGGGCCUGGUGCGAGUCCAGGUCAACGGCCCUGUGCGCCCCGGGAGCCUGUACAAAUGCCCGCCGCCCGAGGAGCGCCCAGACCCCUGUGCCAAGGAGACGGUGCUGCAGGCCCUUGCCCAGUGCACGAAAGGAAAGAGGAAGUUUGAUGGGCCGCUCUGGUUCGAGGUCCCAGAGCCCAAGACAAGGAGGCCGGACCCAGAGCCCAGGGCAUCCGCCUUCCAGCCGGUGACCACAAGUGGAGCGACCCGGACCUUCGUCCCCAGGCCCGGGCUCUUGGGCAGAAGCUGCGCCGAGAGGAAUCCAGCUCUGGAAGGAGGAAGAUGAACAUGGGCCCACCAUCCAGCCUUCCCUAGCUUUCCACGUGCUUGCUAACCGGGACACUGUGGCACAGCCUCCGCCGGGGGCUCCGGCCUUCCCUUCCCAGGAGGGCCCAGUGGUCCCUGAGCACAGCCUGCUGCAGCCUCGCGCCUAAGGUGUGAGCCCAGCCAGCACCCAGCCCACCCCUAGACUCAAAGCCACUGCCCUCUCAUCUGCUUGACCCUUCCCCACCCCGCAGGAGACGGUCACCAGGUCACUUCCUGUGACGGGUCUGCCACCCUCAGAGUAGCUCUGCUGAUCCUGUGAAGCCCACGAUGAAGAGACUGUUGACUUCAACAGUGACUUUACUGCUGCCUUUCUUGUAUGCUUUCAUGUACUUCUAUCAAUGCUUUAGAAAAAAACUCUAUUUCUGUACUAAUGAUAAUAACAGAUCUUUCUAGUCCUCAUUUUGAUUGCUCUCCACAGAU